CAGCAGGAUACAGAAAGGUGUCCUCAGAAAAAUAAACAAAAAGAGAAAAACUAAGCUAUUGAGAUUUAAACAAAUGCUGGGGUUUUGUCUUAUCGUGACUUUGGAUCUCUGUGCUGUUGUGGGAAUUUAACUGCCUCACGAAAGCAAAGAAGAAAAAAGGAAAAACACAUUAAGGACUCUGAGCAGAUGAGAUGGAAGGUAACCAUAAAAAGAAUGGGUUUAUAAGAAGGCAAGUACCUCUCUUCUUGUUAUUGUCUUUGUUCAACAAGAUUGCCUCAGAGCAGAUUCACUACUUGGUUCCUGAGGAAAUGGAAGUGGGUUCCAUUGUAGGGGAUCUUAUAAAAGAUUUGGGGUUGCCUGCUGGAGAAAUAGCAAACUACAAUUUGCAUAUCCUGUCUUUAGGUAAAAAAGAAUAUUUCAGUAUCAAUGGAAAAAAUGGAAAUAUGUAUGUAAGUAACAGGAUAGAUAGAGAGGAGAUAUGUGGGGAAAAUGCACCUUGCCUCAUUAAUUUUGAAGUCAUGGUUGAAAACCCAAUGAAUAUUUUCCAUGUAACUGUGGAGAUUGAAGACAUUAAUGAUAAUGCACCACAUUUCUUAAAUGGGGAUAUCAGCCUAGAGACAAGUGAAUUAACUUUGCCAGGUGCACGGUUUGUUCUUGGCUAUGCUGAAGAUCCAGAUGUUGGAAUGAAUUCUGUCCAGAACUACCAUCUCACGUCUAAUCAGUAUUUCAUACUGGAAGUGAAAGAGAGAGAAGAUGGGAAUAAGUAUGCAGAAUUAAUACUUAAUAAGCAUCUGGAUCGAGAAAGCGAAAGCAGUUUCCAUUUAAUCCUGAUGGCGCUAGAUGGAGGCAAGCCUCCAAAAACUGGGACAGCCAAAAUAUGGGUUAAAGUCAUUGAUGCCAAUGACAACUCACCAGUCUUCACUCAAGAGGUAUACAAAAUCAGCUUGAAAGAGAAUGUCCCCAGAGGAACUUCAGUGAUAGAUGUGAAAGCCACAGAUAAAGAUGAAGGUUCAAAUGGCCAGAUUAGCUAUACUUUUAACAAUAUACCUGAAACUGCUCGUCAGAAGUUCAGUAUCAAUCCAGUCAAUGGGAAAAUUACAGUUAUAGAAACCUUGGAUUUUGAGGAAACACAGAAGUACACUGUAACAGUUGAAGCAAGAGAUGGUGGUGGACUGGUAUCUCACUGUAAUGUGGAAAUAAAGCUAGUGGACGAGAAUGACAAUGCCCCUGAAGUUCUCCUUGUCUCUUUAUCCAGCCCAAUAUCUGAAGACUCGGCAGUAGGAACUCUAGUAGCUCUCAUCAAUGUAGAUGACCAGGAUUCUGGAGACAACGGAAGAGCGACUUGUGUUUUACAAGACAAUGUGCCUUUGAAAAUAGUAUCGACAUCUAAUAACUACUACAAACUACUUACAGAUGGUCCCCUGGAUAGAGAAAGCACUCCAGAGUACAAUAUCACAAUUGUAGCAACAGACAGAGGAACACCCUCUCUCUCAACCAAGAAGACCAUUUCCCUACAGAUUUCAGAUAUCAAUGAUAACUCACCUGCCUUUGAGAAAACCUUUUACACUGCCUAUGUGCCAGAGAAUAAUCCAUCAGGCUCCUCCAUUUUUACAAUCCAAGCCUCAGAUCCAGAUAUGGGCCACAACGCUCGGAUCAUUUAUUCCAUCCUCCACACUACCAUUGAGGCAUCAACUUACUUUUCCAUUAAUUCUGAAACUGGCACCAUCUACGCUCAACGCUCUUUUGACUAUGAACAAUUUAGGGAGUUUUUGGUGCAAGUGAAGGCCCAAGAUGGCGGCUCACCACCACUCAUGAGUAAUACAACACUGAGAGUGCUUAUUCUGGAUCGGAAUGAUAACAGCCCCCAGAUCCUUUACCCAACAGAAGGAGUAGAAAGCUCACAUUCUUUUGAGAUGGUGCCUCGCUCAGCAGAGGAGGGCUACCUGGUGUCCAAAGUAGUCGCAGUGGAUGCUGAUUCCGGACAUAAUGCUUGGUUAUCUUACCAUCUUGUCCAGGCCACAGAGCCCGGACUCUUCAAAAUUGGGCUCCAUAAUGGUGAGAUCAGGACAUUACGGACAUUUUUGGAAAGAGAUGCCAUAAAGCAGAGACUGAUAAUUCUAGUGAAGGACAAUGGUCAGCCACCUCUCUCUGCAACCGUUAGUCUGAACCUGGUGUUUGCUGAGAACUUUCAGGAGGCCCUUCCAGAAAUGAAUGACCAGUUCAUCAGCUCAGAGCCUCAGUAUGAUCUCCAGUUCAGUUUGGUACUGGCCUUAGCCUUGAUCUCCUUCUUAUUCCUCUUGACGGUCAUUCUGGCCAUUACGAUGAAGCUCCGGCGCUCGGGGCAUCCCAAAUUCCUGCAAUGCUUUGGCCCUGUUCCCCAUUCAAAUACUGGUGCUAUAUUUCCACCCAAUUUUGAGGAUGGGACUUUGCCUUAUUCCUACCAGCUUUGUCUGUCUUCAGAGUCUAGGAAGAAUGAGCUUACCUUCCUGACACCUAAUUUUCAGAUUACAGAUAAUAUUUUUAAUAAUAUGCCUUUCACAAGCAAUGAGGGAAACAACUUAAAUCCAGAGCCAGAGAAUGGUGAAAAGGCAUCAACUUACUUUUCCAUUAAUUCUGAAACUGGCACCAUCUACGCUCAACGCUCUUUUGACUAUGAACAAUUUAGGGAGUUUUUGGUGCAAGUGAAGGCCCAAGAUGGCGGCUCACCACCACUCAUGAGUAAUACAACACUGAGAGUGCUUAUUCUGGAUCGGAAUGAUAACAGCCCCCAGAUCCUUUACCCAACAGAAGGAGUAGAAAGCUCACAUUCUUUUGAGAUGGUGCCUCGCUCAGCAGAGGAGGGCUACCUGGUGACCAAAGUAGUCGCAGUGGAUGCUGAUUCCGGACAUAAUGCUUGGUUAUCUUACCAUCUUGUCCAGGCCACAGAGCCCGGACUCUUCAAAAUUGGGCUCCAUAAUGGUGAGAUCAGGACAUUACGGACAUUUUUGGAAAGAGAUGCCAUAAAGCAAAGAUUGAUAAUUCUAGUGAAGGACAAUGGUCAGCCACCUCUCUCUGCAACCGUUAGUCUGAACCUGGUGUUUGCUGAGAACUUUCAGGAGGCCCUUCCAGAAAUGAAUGACCAGUUCAUCAGCUCAGAGCCUCAGUAUGAUCUCCAGUUCAGUUUGGUACUGGCCUUAGCCUUGAUCUCCUUCUUAUUCCUCUUGACGGUCAUUCUGGCCAUUACGAUGAAGCUCCGGCGCUCGGGGCAUCCCAAAUUCCUGCAAUGCUUUGGCCCUGUUCCCCAUUCAAAUACUGGUGCUAUAUUUCCACCCAAUUUUGAGGAUGGGACUUUGCCUUAUUCCUACCAGCUUUGUCUGUCUUCAGAGUCUAGGAAGAAUGAGCUUACCUUCCUGACACCUAAUUUUCAGAUUACAGAUAAUAUUUUUAAUAAUAUGCCUUUCACAAGCAAUGAGGGAAACAACUUAAAUCCAGAGCCAGAGAAUGGUGAAAAGGGACAGCAAGAAAAUACAAAACACUCCAUCACAGCCCGUGCCUACAAUAUGAAGCCAAUAAGACUGACCUCUUUUGCAGGGUUCUCACAAGAAUUAUGUUAA